GAGUUUGUCCCUCGCACUUUUCCCUGGGGGACUGCGGGGCUGCCAUGUUGGUUGCUAUGCUGCUGGUGCCUGCCUGAAGGCGGGCGGGAGGCAAGAAGAAGGGAGGCUGGCUCGAGGGAGGGGAGGGAGGCAGAGGAGGCGGUGGCUGCUCGUCCUCGCCUCCCCCCGCCAAAGGCGGAAUCCGGCUGUUUAGCUGCCAUCUCUCCCCCAGCACCCCCCCCCCCCCGGUCCAGGGCUGCAGGAAGAGCAAGAGCGACCAGCGGACCUCAUCCUUGGGGUGGUGCGAAGGAGGUGCUGAAACCUUUUCCCUUGACCGGAGGGACACAGUUGGUGGGGAGGGGGGAAGGUUGCAUUGCCUUCCCCCCCUCCCCAUUGAUGCUCCCGUUUUUGUCUGCGCUGGGAAUAUGGGGGAGCAUUGAGUUGGAAGUGGGGCGCUCGCUGCAAGGCCAUUGGGGUCCCCCCUUGCAUCCUUUUUUUGCUCGCUUGGAGGUUUAAGAACUGAGCCGAGUUGUGGAUUUGAACUGAACAUUUUUUGGGCGGAGAUCCCUCCACAACCUACACGGGCACCAUUACCACUUGACCCUGCUUUCUCACUCACUACCCUUGGGGGUUGGUCUACCAUCAUUCUCUGGAAGGACGUGGCUGUUAUAUGAAGACGCUGUGUGGACAGUAAUGACCGCACGUUUCCGAUUGCCUGCUGGCAGAACCUACAAUGUACGAGCAUCUGAGCUGGCACGAGAUAGACAGCAUACAGAGGUGGUCUGCAAUAUUCUUCUCCUGGAUAACACUGUACAAGCAUUCAGAGUUAAUAAACAUGAUCAGGGGCAAGUCCUGUUGGACGUAGUUUUCAAGCAUCUUGAUCUGACCGAGAGAGACUAUUUUGGUUUACAAUUGGCUGAUGAUUCUACUGACAACCCGAGGUGGCUAGAUCCAAAUAAGCCUAUCAGAAAACAGCUGAAGAGAGGAUCUCCUCACAGUUUAAACUUCAGAGUCAAGUUUUUUUCAAAGUACCAAUAUUUUUUGCAAAUUAAGCAAGACAUUCUUACUGGAAGAUUGCCCUGCCCUUACAAUACUGCUGCACUUUUGGCUUCCUAUGCUGUUCAGUCUGAGCUGGGAGAUUACAACCUUUCAGAGAACUUCCCAGGCUACCUCUCAGACUACUCAUUCAUCCCUGGCCAGCCACAAGACUUUGAAAAAGAAGUAUCCAAACUACAUCAACAGCAUUUAGGUUUGUCUCCUGCUGAGGCAGAAUUUUGCUAUCUCAACACAGCACGAACCUUAGAACUCUAUGGUGUUGAAUUGCACUAUGCAAGGGAUCAAAGUAACAAUGAAAUUAUGAUUGGAGUAAUGUCGGGAGGCUUACUAAUUUAUAAGAACAGGGUACGAAUUAACACCUUUCUAUGGUUGAAGAUUGUAAAAAUUUCUUUUAAAUGCAAGCAGUUUUUUAUUCAACUUAGAAAAGAAUUGCACGAAUCUAGAGAAACAUUACUGGGAUUCAACAUGGUGAAUUAUCGAGCAUGUAAAAAUUUAUGGAAAGCUUGUGUAGAACAUCACACCUUCUUCCGGUUAGACAGACCACUGCCACCUCAGAAGAAUUUUUUUGCACAUUAUUUUACUUUGGGUUCAAAGUACCGGUACUGUGGAAGAACAGAGGUUCAGUCUGUACAGUAUGGUAAAGAAAAAGCAAAUAAGGACAGGGUGUUUGCCAGGUCCCCCAGUAAACCUCUAGCUCGUAAAUUGAUAAGUGGAAUGGACUGGGAGGUUGUCAGCAGGAAUUCGUUGUCUGAUGAUAGGUUAGAAACUCAAAGCUUACCAUCCCGCUCUCCCCCUGGAACCCCUAAUCAUCGCAAUUGUGCAUUUACUCAAGAGGGAAAUAGGUUACGGCCAUCUUCAGUGGGACAGUUGGUGGACCGUGUAGUCCAUACAUCUCCAAGUGAUGUUUUCGCAAAUCAUCGAUCUCCUUCUUCUACACAGGCGAACAGCAUCAUUCUGGAAUCAUCACCAUCUCAAGAAAGCCCCAUAGAUGGGCAGCCUCCUGCACUGCCACCCAAACAGUCUAAAAAGAACAGUUGGAACCAAAUUCAUUACUCACAUUCACAGCAAGAAUUGGACAACCAUAUAAAUGAAACAUAUGAUGAUUCAUCAUCUCCAGAAAAAUCUACACCCAAUGGCGGGAUUCCUCAUGAUAAUCUUGUUCUGAUCAGAAUGAGGCCCGAUGAAAAUGGAAGAUUUGGUUUCAAUGUAAAGGGUGGAUAUGACCAGAAGAUGCCUGUCAUAGUUUCCAGAGUAGCUCCAGGAACACCAGCUGACAUUUGUGUUCCUCGUUUGAAUGAAGGAGACCAGGUAGUACUGAUCAAUGGCAGGGAUAUCUCAGAACAUACCCAUGAUCAAGUUGUCAUGUUUAUUAAAGCUAGCUGUGAGAGGCACUCAGGGGAACUUGUGCUUCUAGUUCGGCCUAAUGCCGUUUAUGAUGUAGUAGAAGAGAAACUGGAGAGUGAACCUGACUUCCAGUAUAUCCCCGAGAAGUCCCCAUUAGAUGGUAUCCACCAAGAUGACAAUGCUCUGAGAGAAUCAAUGUUUCAGCUAGCUGAAGGGCUCAUCACUGGAACUGUCUUGGCUCAGUUUGAUCAACUUUAUAGGAAGAAGCCUGGAAUGACAAUGUCUUGUGCCAAAUUACCUCAAAACAUUUCCAAAAAUAGAUACAGAGACAUUUCGCCUUAUGAUGCUACACGGGUCAUUUUAAAGAGUAAUGAUGAUUACAUCAAUGCAAAUUAUAUCAAUAUGGAAAUCCCUUCUUCCAGUAUAAUAAACAAGUACAUUGCUUGCCAGGGUCCUUUACCCAACACCUGUCCUGAUUUUUGGCAGAUGACAUGGGAGCAAGGCUCUUCUAUGGUUGUAAUGUUAACCACUCAAGUAGAACGGGGCAGAGUAAAAUGUCAUCAGUACUGGCCAGAGCCUGGUGGAAGUUCUGCAUAUGGGAAUUUCCAGAUCACCUGCCAUUCAGAAGAAGGAAAUCCUGCUUAUGUCUUCAGAGAGAUGACAUUAUCUAACUUGGAAAAAAAUGAGCAUCGUCAGCUCACUCAAAUCCAGUACAUAGCAUGGCCUGAUCAUGGGGUUCCUGAUGAUUCCAGUGAUUUCCUGGAUUUUGUGUGUCUCGUACGGAAAAAAAGAACUGGCCGAGAAGAACCUAUUGUUGUCCACUGCAGUGCCGGGAUUGGACGAACAGGAGUUCUUAUCACUAUGGAAACAGCUAUGUGUCUCAUAGAGUGUAAUCAGCCUGUUUAUCCUUUAGAUAUUGUGAGAACCAUGAGAGAUCAAAGGGCCAUGAUGAUCCAAACUCCUAGCCAAUACAGAUUUGUUUGUGAGGCUAUUUUGAAAGUGUACGAAGAAGGACUCGUUAGACCUUUAAUGACAUCACUGAAUAAAUAGAAAGCAAAAGACACUUAAUGGAAGAAUUGGCAUAAGAUACUGGCUGCACUUGUUGUGCCAUAACUUUGUUUGCAAGAAAUUGUGUCUGAAACAAUGAAGAACUGCAAAGAACUUGGAAAAACUUCAGCACUGCUGCACUUUAUGUUGAAACUGAAAACAGUCUCUAAAACACUAUGUUUUUCCUGUGUUGGAAGACUCUUCAUGCUUUGCUCUGAACAAACCACAGACUGAAUGAAUUCCCUGUGUUCAGGAUGAAUUUUCCAGACUUGAGUGUAGUGCCAUAUAGUUCCUUUUUGUUUGAACUGUUGCAAAAAAGAAAAGAAAAAAAAGCUUGGAAUACUUUUUCUCUCUGUUUGACACCUGUGUCUUUUCAAAUUAACAAUACACAUAAAGCCAUCUCUUCCAAUGCUAGAUUGAUUUGCUGUGUUCAGAUCCUUGCUAUCUUUGUCUUUCGUUUUGGUGGAACGUUAGCAAUAUUACGGCUAUUACACACUGCCUACUGAAGCAGCACAUUUUGCCCUAUGCCCUUCUAGAAUAUAACUUGAUCAGUAGUAGAAAGCUGCAAUCUGUUCUAACCCAGCAGUAGCUGCAUAAAGGCCCAUUUAACCAGCAUCUUGUUUAGGUUGGGAUAAAAAAGACAUUUGUUUUGAACCAGCAGUUCAGUUUCUUGGCGUGUCAUAACGUCAGCAUGUUUGAAAUCAUCUGAUAACUUUACGUAAUGUAAACAAUUUGUCUUAACCCCUUAAGUGCCUUGAAACUUACAGUGUAUGGCUCGGAUCCUAAGGUGCCAUGGUGUAACAGCUGAACAGCAUUUACGUUUGCAGAGGAAGAAGGGCAAUUUUUGCAGACUCCCACUUUGCCUUCUGCCCUGUUCCUGGGGGUACACUGACCUGGAAGAGCACAUUUUUGAGUGGCACAGAAGGCUUCUUUGGGAGGGGAGAAAAUCAAAAGCUGCCAUCCUUAAGCUGAGCUCCAUUUGUGCUGCUUAGGAUCCCAACCUGUCUUAAUGAAUAGGCACUGGUAUAGGCCCUAAAGGGGGAAGUAUCAUCAUUGAAACUUUUAUUUUAGUGGGUUCACAUUUUAAAGCAUGACCCUUGGUGCUUAGAAUAUGCUGGGAGGGGGAUACAGAAAUACCAUUCCUUCUGUUUCUACGAUUACCUGCAUGCCACUGUGGGUAGCAGAAGCAUCCAGGCCUAUUUAAUAAGUAUUGUUUACUCCUGUGAAUUGAAGUGGAAAGAUCUGACACAUUCAUUUGGUAAAACGUUUGCAACAUAAAGUGGCAAGCCAGUAGAUAGUUUUAGAAUUUGCUCCAUUUUACCCUUAACACUAAGAAGGAAAAGCUUGGUAACUGAAGUAGAAAGAUAUAACUUUUCAGUAACACUGAUACUUUGCUUUAAACAUGUUUAAACAUGCGUAUCUAAGGUGAUCCUUCCCCUAUCACCCGCUUGCCGUUUAUUUCCCCUGAGUUUUCCCCCUACUGUUUUUCAAAUCACGCUUCUACUGAACUGCUUUUAAAGGGUGGGGGGGGGGGGGUUAAAGGCCAUCAGUUCAUCCCUAAAACAUUUGGUCUUGUUUGGAUUUCCAUGUUGUUCUUUUGUGAAACAAAAUUGUUAAUGUUUGUGUACCUCUGAAGUUGUUAGUAUAUAUGCAGUGGAGGCAGUUCUUUGAUACAGUAUCUGAGCUCAUUCUAGAGACCUGUAGCUUUCCAAAAGUUUUUUCUAGGGGAAGCCAACAGAUUAGUAAUGGUAUCCAGCCUUGCACAGUAAGUUGGGAAGUGUUUGUUUUUUAUAAAGAUUACCUUCAACCCCUAUAUUUAAUAUUUGAUUAUGCAACACUUUCUUUUUUUAAAAAAAAAUCAGCAUAUGUAAAGUACAGAAUGAGAAAAUUGAUUAUUUUUAAAUAGCUGGGUUUUUUUUUUCAUUUUCUCUUCUGAAGGUAUUUAGAAGUACCAACACUGCAGAUACACUAUAUAAAGUUUACCCCUUAUGAGCUGAAGCUUUAUGGUGUAAAAUGACAGCAAACCACCACCAAGGUCUCAUUUUUAAAAGUUUUUUUAAAAAAUCAGCCCUUAUUUACAAAGCAAGGCUGUGAUAUCUGCUUUUAAAUUUACUAUUGAUUUCAUUAUUUUCUUUUAACAGGGUUACUUCAUUGUUAUAUAUUCCACUGCCAGGGACUUUUGUUAGUGUUUGCUUUUCACAUGGGUGGCUGGAAUGGCAUUAAUGAUGACAGGCUCCUAAAAAUCUUGAGCUGCGCUGUUGUACUGUCUGUAGGAAUACAAUAGUUUUGUGCUUUGUCAAGUUGGCCCACUUGCUAAAGCUGCUUCUGCUUUCGAAAGCUGUGAAAGUUCAAGGGCUGGUGAGAGCAGUGCUGUUCUAUAUGAAGUAAUAAUUGAAGCUACUCUUUUCAUAGUCUGUUACUAUUCAGUGGGGCAUGAGAGGUUGUGUCUGCAUUUUCAUUAGGCUUCAGGCAGAUGACAAAGAACAACGUGGUGACUUCUUAGACUCUUUCUGUGCAGUUGUCUAAAGCCAUCAUUAAGUGUUGGAGCGAGCGAUGUAAAAAAACCCUUUUUAAUAGAAAGCUUACAGUGGCUCUUUCCAACCAAUGUGAUGGCAGUGAAAAGAAAUAAUGGUAAACAUACUUCAUGCUCAUGCUGCCUUUUGAUAUAUUUUGCAUAAAAAGUGUCACGAUAUAAUACAUGGAAAGUCUUCUUUCCUGCUUUUGGUUUCCGAUUGAUUUUCGCUGUUCUAGAUCAUGGUGUUGGUUACUUACAGGGCUAAUUUAAGCACUUGUAGCAAAUUAAAGGAAUUCUUACAUGAUAUAAUACGUACUAUUGAAACAACAUUUGGUUUCACUAUUGCCAACGUAGAAAGUAGCAUUGCCCUUUUUAUAAACCUAUGAGUGACAGGACUAGAGAGUUUAUAGCAACACUGUGUUAUCAUUGGUAUUUUACAUACGCGAUAUUCUUAUGUGAGGUUGCCAAAGCAAUUUGAAUCCAUGAGAAAUAUUUAUACCACAAUGUAUAGCUUUGUUGGGGGAUAUUUUUCAUAUUCAGUACAUUUGAUGCAAUGUACAGAGAGAAACAUUAGUUGUCUUAAAAGUCUCUCCCUCCUUAUAUAAGCUGAUUUAGGGCUUACUGUGUAGUUGCAAUGAAGAAAUAUUGAGAGCGAUUAGCUUGGGCAGGGUCACCAGCUGAUCAUCAAGCUGCGGGAGUUUUCCUCAGUGCGCGAAUAUGGUAAGGACAGAGUAACAAUAAAGCAUUCUGCCAUGAACGUGGAUUUCCACAGAAUGCAUCUUCUCAUUAUGGUAUCAAUAACCUUUUACUAAUAUUUUUAUAUGUCCUGAAAGUUAAUACUGCUAAUUACUUUGCAUUGGGUUAUGAAGAUCUGUAUCAAACUAAAACAGAAAUAUUUUUUGUAUGUGUUUCAUGCUGUACAAAACAUGAAUGUAUGUUUGAGGCAUAAUGACAUAUAAAAUAAUAAGUGUUAUGAAUGUUGGAUUUUAUGGAUAAUUAUUUUCGUACUGUUUGCUAAAAAAAGAUGGGGAGAGCAGUCUGUAACACUUCCAGAUUUCUUUUUAAAUUCCAUUUGUUUUCAUUGUAAAUAACAGCAAUAGGUUAAUAGUUUUGUGCCAAUGUAUGUUUAAAUGUAUGGGAGGUUUUUUUUCCUAUCUCCAGGAUUGAAAACCGCAAUUAUUUAAGGUACUUUGAAGGUUUGUCAUUUAUAGAAAUCUAGGAGUCUUAAUUUUUUUUCUUUCCAUUGCCUUUUUAGUUGUGUGGCUCUGGGGGUAAUAGAGUUAUAAUAGGGGGCAGUUAAAUAUGAAGUACCCACAGAUGAUGUCAGUCAAUCUCUGAGAAAAAUGAUUCUAAACAAGCCAGCUAAUCAUGCCAUUUUAAGUAUCCCUUUCUCAAAGGAUGAAGUGGAGUAUCUGCCUCUAGUACUGAAGUAAUAUUCAUUCCAGUGCUAGCACAUGGCCAGGCUUCUGGUGCAGCCAUCAUUGUAUUUUAUUCCUUAACAUUCGUAUUGAGCCAAUUAAAUUUAGGGUCAGAUCACAGGUGCUGUUAGACUGAAGCAUUAGAUGUUGGACAGGUAAUGAAACCUACCAAAUUUGCACAUUGUAGCCCAAAUAUCCGCCCUGACCUGGAAAGCCCUAGGCUAGGCUGAUCUCCUCAGAUCUCAGAGGCAAAACAGGGUUGGCCCUGGGUAGUAUUUGGAUGGUCAACUUCCAAAGAAUACCAGGGCUCUGAUGCAGAGCUAGGAAAAGGGAAACCACCUCCAAAUAUGUCUUGCCUUGAAAACCCUACGGGAUCAUCAUAAGUUAGCUGUGACUUGACGGCACAAAAAAAAGCCCAAAUUAGUAGUUUGUAACAAGUCAUUCAUGUUACAACUAUGAACAGUAGCUGUGUUUAAUCAGAAUUUCACAGAUAAAGGUCUAGAAGUGCUGCCAUUAUCUUACAAUGGAAGGAGCAAACUGCAAGUGAAGAGAGCUAGGAGAGGUUUGUGACAGAACCAGUGCGGCCAGCGCCUUGCUAUGCGCAAUGUGCAGAAUAAAACUGCUACAUCAGUAGAAGGGAGAAAAGCAGCAGAAAUGCUGCAGUUGCAGCUAUUCAGAGAGGCCAAGAAGUGGAAAAGUCAUUCAUGCAAUCUCAGCAGCUUCUGCAUCUGGUAGAACAAAUCUGGAUUUUUGGGGAAGUGUCUGCUUUAAUUAAUAGGGUGUAGAAAAUUACAAGCUGGUACCAGCCCCUGAAAGUGGUUUUGUAGGAUAUCUAGCCUGAGGUCUUUUUGUAGCUCUCCAUAUUUUUCUGAAGAUACACCACCUUGGAAAGAAGUGGAGGCAUCUGAUCUUAUGUGCAAUAUACUUUAUUCUUAGAUGUAACUAUAGAGCACUUUGAGUCAUAAAUCGCUUAGUUCUGUGUGUGCAGUUAAGGAAAUUUCUGCACAAUGUACGAAGUCCCUGAUUUUCUCCCUCUUGGUUGUUAUACAGGCUUAGAUCCUGGAAUCCUUUUUCAUUUGUGGAAAGCAGCCAUGGAGGGGACGAUUUUUCAGUGAUUCUCCAUUCCCACUACAAAUGGCCUUCCACAUUGUUCCAGGGGAGGGAGUGACAGGAGGCUUCAUCAGGAGGGUGGAAAUUUCCCCUUUAACUAGUGUAGCUCUGCUCACACGAGGUAGAACCCACCUCAUAAUGGUCUCUGUUCUCAAGGGUGUAAGGAAUAUAGCUGAGGGGUUGCUCUAAUAAAACUUCCCAUUUCCUGCUUACAGCCAUUCUUUCUGCUGCUGCCAUUAUAAAUGGUUGGUGCUUGUAGGGUUUUGUCUACGUUAGCUGGGUUCUGCAUAUUAUGCUAAGCUUGUCCUAUAUAUGCCCUAACAGAACAGACAGCUGGAAGCCCCUGCAUUUAAAGCAGUGGUUAUCAACCUUCCUGAUGCCGCGACUCUUUAAUACAGUUCCUCUUGUUGUGGUGACCCCCAACCCUAAAAUUAUCUAUUUUACAGAUGGAGAACACUGAUGCAGAUAGUCUUAGGCAACCCCUGUGAAAGGGUCGUUCGACCCCCAAAGGGGUCCCAACCCCCAGAUUGAGAACCACUGAUUUAAAGGGAAUGCCCAUGUGACAUGCUCAUUCUGAGUACCACCUCAGCUUCUCAGCCACCCCGCCCCCCUCUGCAAAAAGAAACUGUCUUUGAUCUGAUUUGCAGUUGUGGUAUGGCCACAGGUAGAGUAUAUAUUUGGAUGUUAGCCCACAGCCACUAUAGGGUGGUGCUAUUAUCUGCUUUCAGCAUUCUGCUGACAGUGUGUUGUCCUGUAUCACUUUUUCCCUUUCCUCACCCAGCCAUGAGCAGCUGGACUAGGAAAAAGGGAAGAAGUUCAAGGAUGGGGGGUGGAGGUGGAGAGAGAUGUCCCAAGUUAAUCCCUGCUGCACUGUACUUUUAUGUGUGUACCUAGGAUAGGAUAGCAAGAGGUGCAGAGGUAAGGCAGCAGCGGUGAACAGAAGAAGAACUGGUUACAUGAAUUCCAUUCUCACCCAAUUCCACUCUGGUUGCUUCUACCAUGGCAAGGAACAUUUUUGUGCCCCUAUGUAGCAGCAACCGUACAUUCAAUUUAGUGUGUUUAGACUACUUGCAGAAUUGCAGCCAAUGGCCACACCUAAUUAAAAGCAGAUUUGCUGGAUUUGGUUCUGAACAAAUAAGUUGAAAAAGAUGCCUUAAACAUGAAAUCGGUGGCUUAUUUAUUAACUAGAGAUCUUAUGCAUAUAUGUGCACUAGCAGCACAAACUGAGAAAUUGGUGGUAUGCUGUUGAAAACUAUAAUUUUCAGCAGCACAACACCUCUAUUUUCUCAAUUUGUGUCAUUAAUGCAUGCCACAAAGGAGAUUGGUUGUAAUGGCAAAUCAUAAUAAAAUUCAUAUAUUAACAAAGCAGAAUAUUUGAUUUAUUAAACCUGUAGACACUAAUUUGAAUACUGGAGAUGCUCAGAGGGAAAGCUAGCAUAUUCACUUUAAUUCACCUAAUACUGCCAAGCUAGAGAGACAAACCAAAGCCAAAAUGUAAGGCACUUAAAAAACUUUUAAAUUCUUUGUGCACAUUGAUUACUUUCUAAAUUGAGAAGUUUUAAGAUACUUAAGGAAAAUUCUAUGCUUUUAAACACUAUUAAUGCCCAUGUCUUAAUUUGUACUUGCUUUAAAAUAAGUGUUUCUGGCCUAUGGUUUGUUUGUACAGAGCGACUUGAAGACUGCUGUAUUAAUAAUUUGAGAUGAAUCUUUUAAUAGUAAUAAUUUGAGAUGGAGACCUUGACUGACAAUAUUUGCUGGUGAAGUUACUUGAUAUUUAACACAAUUUAUAAAGGGUUUUGCCUACAUUUCUUGAAUUUCAAAUAGUAGCACUUUAUCUCAUGCUUUACUACUGACAAUUUUUGGACAAAAUAAAUUUGCUAUCAGGUUGAAGAGAGAUGCUUAAUGGAUUCCUGUGUAGAGUUUAUUGGGGUUGUUCUGUGAUACAAAACUUUACCAGUACAUUACUUUCUGGCUCAUUUCCAUCUGUUUUAGGACACAUUUACGUAACUCUGAAAUCACAAUCCUUCCACACUGUAUCCUAAUUCUAAGUAUUAUGCCUGUACAUUGACUUAUAGUGCUGUGCAACAUACCUUGUUAUGGUAUUAUACUGAUGCAACUGUUGAUGCACUAAGAAUUGGAGGACAGGGGAGGGAACAGGUAAAGACUAAUACUAAAAAUAAUCCCCACAGGAACAAUUAGUUAAAAGUUCAUUUUGGAGUUAAUUUUGUGUGUGUGUGUGUCUUGGCUAGCCACAAUGCUGUUUACUGUGGCCAGGAUCCAAAGAGCUGCAGACAGCUUCUAAAUAAGCAGCACAGCUUGUAAGGCCCAUCAUUUCCACAUGAUCUACCCUACAGGCUGCUUCUAAAUGAGGGGGACCUUGUAGAGAACCUUGGCAGAAAGGUGUGAUCAGUGGGAAAAAUGUGGGAUGCCUUAAUACACAUUCGGAAAUGUUUGCAUGUGUCUAAGAAGCUCUUUGAUUCCUGGCAUAAUUGCUGCUUAGACUAUUUUUUAACAUUUGCUUAAAAUCUGGAAAUGAAUUCAUUUUGUACUUAAGUUGCAAAUUAUGAGUAAAGUAAAAGGAUGCACAGAAAUUAAUGUUUUAAGAGUUGCAUUUUUUUCCUUUCAGGCAGCGGAUAGAAUACGAUUGGAGUAGUUAAACCAUUGAUAAUAAAUUGCUUCAUAUUCUUCUAGUAAAGAAUGUCAGUACAUUUCUUAGUUCAGUUAUCUCCAAACUUCAGGGGUUGGCUUCAAAUUUAACAUAAAUUCAUCCGGAUUCUAAACAGUGACCUAGUUCUAGCGAAUUUUGAAAGAAAAGAUUUUUGUGUUAGUAUAUGAGAGCUUUUUCCCCUGUCACAGGUGCUAUGUGUGUAAAUAUAAAGGGUGAAAAAUGUAGUCUUGUGUCUGGAACAUAUUCACAGUCCUAUGUGUAGCCAUUUUUAAUUUUUUUUCUUUUUUGCUAGUGAUUUGAUGGUAAUGCAUUUGUUUUUCUUUUGUGACUUUGCAUUUGUCCAGUUGAACUGGGUUUUGUGUUACUCAAUGAAUUGACUUCAAGUGUCUUGGUGGAUCAUCUCUGAAGCCAGUACACUCACAUGUUCUGUGAACAUCACACAAGUUCAUUUUUAUAUAAAUAGAUUUGUCUACAAACUUGUGUGUUCCUUAGGUUUACAAAGUGUUUCAGCAGGGAACCUUGAUACUAGGCAGCAGGAAGUGUUCUCAGCUGAAAAUGACAUGCACUUGAAUUUGGUCAACACUGGACAAUGUGAAAAGAAGUCAGCAUUCAUCACUGUAGCUACUGUAUGCUUUAAAAGGGCCUUAUGUAUUUUGCCUGCAUUGGGUUAAAGGGAGAAUUUUUGCCAUUAAGAAUAAGGUACACUAACAUUCUACAUACUAUACCAGCAGCUUCCGGGGGACUGGGGGGGGGGGGAGAGAAGAGAUAAAUAUU